AUGGGUGGUCGCCACAACAAGAUCAGCGACGUCGGGAAAGUUGUGCUCGAUAAGAUUUUGAGUGGAGAAGAUCAAAAGGUUGAACCCCUUCAACAAAAGCCGGCGAUUCAAGCGGUGACCGGCGUCGAAUCGCUGGGAUUGGAUUUCAACAAAGAAAGAGAUCGUUGUAUCGAAUCGAAAACACUUUUCGAAGAUCCAGAGUUCCCAGCCGAGUCGAAAAGUCUCUACUACAGACAACCGCCAUCCGGGCCGGUGAAAUGGCUUCGACCACAUGAUAUUAUCCAAGAUCCAUGUUUUCUCGUUGAUGGUGAGAGUCGUUUCGAUGUUUGUCAAGGACAACUCGGUGAUUGUUGGCUACUAGCCGCAAUCGCGAAUUUGACACUUCGUGACGAACUUUUCUUCCGCGUUGUCCCACCCGAUCAGAGUUUUACCGAGAAUUACGCGGGGAUUUUCCAUUUCCGUUUUUGGCGCUACGGGAAAUGGGUCGAUGUGGUCAUCGACGAUCGUCUUCCAACGAUCAACGGGAAAUUGAUUUACAUGCGAUCGGCGUCACAAAACGAAUUCUGGAGUGCUCUUGUUGAGAAAGCUUAUGCCAAG